AUGCCGCGCUCCGGGCGCACUCUCGAGCGCGCGCGCGCGAUGCCAGACGACGGGUUCGACCUCGGCGACGUCAAGGACGCGCUCGAGCACGCGACCGGCGCGGACGCGGAAGAAGCGACGCCGCCGGAGACGAGUGCGUCGGACGCGGACGCGCGCGAUGAGGACGUCAUGGUCGUCGUCUCGCGCGACGGCGAGUUGACGAAGGCGAAGGACGACGCCGCGGACGCCGUCGUCGGCGCCGCGGACGAGACGAAGACGGAGGAGGGUGACGCGAAGCGCGCGGUGAAGGAGGAAGACGACGACGAGGUCGUCGGCGAGACGAAGAGCGAUCGGCCGCCGGCGUCGACGUCCACGUCGGAGGAAGAGGAUCGACGAGAUCUGAUAUAUAAGACGGCCUUCGACGCCGCCGCCGCCGCCGCCGCCGCGGACGAAUCGACCCCCACCGCGGCCGCGAGUCCACCCGCGCUUCUCUCCCGGACGCUCGACGACGAACUGAACGACCUCGUGGGGAUGCUGAACGACGCGGAACGAUGGACGGAGGUCCCCGUCACCGGCGAAGCCGCGUCCGUCGUCGCCGCCGCGAAAUCGGAAGUGACCGAAGACGACGCCGCGGCGUCGGCGGAACGCGGGCGGACGCUCGCGAAGACGACGUGCACCGCGCUAGGACUCGGCGUCGACGACUACGUCGACAUGAUCUUAUCAACGUGCGAGGAGAGAAGCGCGUGGGACGCCGAGACGUCGUUCAAACGCGUCGCGAACGACGCGGACGACGCGGACGGCGGCGCGAAGGGAGACGCGUUCGUCGCGGAGUAUAAGGUGCCGAUGUUGCCGGCGAUGCGGGCGACGGUGCGAUUGCGCGUGAAGAGAGACUGGCCGUCGAAGGGCGCGGUGGCGUACGCGUACAGGAGCUACGACGCGAACACCGGCGCGCUGGAUUUCGGGAGCGGCGCGACGAACUUCCCGCGCUGA